AUGGUCAUAAUUCUGCGGGGCGCAGUGUUGACGGAUCAGUGCAACAUUGAAAUCGAAAAUUUUAAAAGCACAGCCCUUCCAGCUCGAGGGCUGGAUAUUAGGCAUAUGGGGACUAAAAUAAUUUUUUCUAAACAAGGGACUUUGAUAUCCUAUGCUAAUGUUGCAUUGGCAUUUUAUAUAAAUGACCAAUCCAAUGAAACGCAGAAAAUUAUCAUCGAAUGGAAUGAUGCCAGUAAAGAUGACAGAUCUAAUGUUGAAAUAAAAGUCAACGACGAAAAAAUUACUGGAACGGCAAAUGUGGCUCGUUAUCUUGCGCGAGCUCGUCGCGAUCUAGACUUGUACGGCUCCAAUGCAAUAUCGACUACUUUGAUAGAUCAGUGGAUCGACUUUGCUUUGGAUAAAUUGGGAUCCUCGGAUUUUAAAGUCAUUGAAGCGGCAUUAGAGGAGAUUGACCACCACCUCACUCUAAGAACUUUCUUUGUCGGUUAUAAGCUUACUCUAGCCGACAUUGUUGUGUGGGGAACUUUAAAAAAUUCUCCAAUUUUUAAUCGUCAACUUAAGACCGGGAAAGAUGUAGGAGUAUAUUUGACUCGAUGGUACAAUUACAUUAGUUCCUUGAACUUUAUCCAAGAAGGUCUUAAAUGGGUGACGAAGUCGAUUGACACAUCAAAACCUCGUAAAGAUCAACCUAAUAUGAAUAUUGGUCUUAUCGAUGCGGAAAUAGGAAAGGUCGUAACCAGAUUUCCUCCUGAGCCUA